UGUCGGCGCUUCCUGCAAAUCAGGGCCCUGAAGGUACCUGGCAGCCAGGAAGGCCCCGGUUCUUUCAUCCCUUCCGAGGCUCGGCUGUUUUGGGUGGUGGCUCGGGCCCGUUAGCAGCAGGUCGGACUAGGAAUGCAUGCAUCAUGAAUGAAUCUGCCUCAAGUGGAAGUGGCCAAGAGUUUGAUGUAUUUAGUGUUAUGGACUGGAAGGAUGGCAUAGGUACUUUGCCAGGAAGUGAUCUGAAGUUUAGAGUGAAUGAAUUUGGAGCCUUGGAAGUAAUCACAGAUGAAACUGAGAUAGAAAGUGUUAAAAAGGCAACAGCCACCACAACCUGGAUGGUGCCAACUGCUCAAGAAGCCUUUUCUGAAAAGAUGGGGAUCCCCAUGAAGUUGAAGGAAACUGCAAAAGUGGACGGACUUGUUUUCUGUGAAAACUGUUAUCACUAUGGAUCUGUAGAAGAAUUUGUUUCGGAAGGGAAAUUUUGCAGCCAGAAAUGUGCACAGCAGAUGAAAAACAAAGAACCAAAGGAGGACCAAGAAAGUGUGGACUGCAAUGGGGAAGAUGAUUCCAAAGGCCCUCGGAAAAGAAAAACAAAAUUUCCUCUUAAAGGAGAAUCCCAGGAGGAUGGAGAAGAGAAGAAAGAGAAGACAGAAGAAACAGAGGAGAAGCAGGAAGGGAGGAUUCUGAGAGUUUCUCAGAGAGCCAGAAGAAAAAGAAGAGGUGAUAUGGCCCUUUUAAAGCAAACUGUACCCUCUAAAGGAAAGAAAGCAUGGUGCUGGGCUUCAUAUUUGGAGGAAGAAAAGGCCAUAGCAGCACCCGCUAAACUGUUUAAAGAGUAUCAGUCCUUCCCAUACAACAAAAAUGGAUUCAAAGCAGGAAUGAAGUUGGAAGGAGUGGAUCCUGAGCACCAGUCAAUGUACUGUGUUCUUUCAGUGACUGAGGUUUGUGGUUACAGGAUACGACUCCAUUUUGAUGGCUACCCAGGUUGCUAUGACUUCUGGGUAAAUGCUGAUUCUUCAGACAUUCACCCGGUUGGAUGGUGUGAAAAAACAGGGCAUAAACUUCACCCACCAAAAGGCUAUAAAGAAGAAGAAUUUAACUGGUCCUCAUAUCUAAAGACAUGUAAAACUCAAGCUGCCCCUAAAUCUUUGUUUGAAAAUCAGAAUACAACAGUGAUUCCAUCGGGAUUUCGAGUGGGAAUGAAGCUUGAAGCAGUAGACAAAAAGAAUCCUACAUACAUCUGUGUUGCUUCGGUAACAGACAUGGUGGACAAUCGUUUUUUGGUUCAUUUUGACAACUGGGAUGAGAGUUAUGACUACUGGUGUGAGGCAGCCAGUCCACAUAUUCAUCCUGUUGGAUGGUGUAAAGAACAUAAAAGAACUCUAAUCACCCCUCCAGAUUACCCGCAGGCUAAACAUUUUUCUUGGGAAAAAUAUUUGGAGGAAACCAGUUCUUUACCUGCACCUGCAAGGGCUUUUAAAGUGAAACCAUCUCAUGGAUUUCAGAAAAAUAUGAAACUUGAGGUAGUUGACAAGAGAAAUUCAGCAUUUAUCAGAGUAGCAACAAUUGUAGAUACUGAUGACCAUAGGAUAAAAGUGCACUUUGAUGGCUGGGACAGUAUUUAUGAUUACUGGACUGAUGCAGAUAGCCCUGAUAUCCAUCCUGCUGGCUGGUGUGCAAAAACUGGACAUCCUCUUCACCCCCCUCUUAGUCCCUUGGAGUUAGUGGAAGCUUUAGAAAAUGGAGGAUGCCCUACUGCAGGAUGCAGAGGAGUUGGACACAUGAAACGAGCAAGACACAUGGGCCAUCAUAGUGCUGUCAGCUGCCCAUAUUCUGAAAUUAACUUAAACAAAGAAACUAUCUUACCAGAUCGUUUAAGUGGAGAGAUUCCUCUGGCCAGUCCUAUGCCCAGGAACAAAAAGACAGACGUAAACGAAAGAUCAGUCUCUCCUGUAAUCAAUGACAGAAAAUGUCCUAGCCCUGGACACACAGGCUCAAAAUCUUCUGCUCAUAAUCGAUUGUCUGGGAAAUCUGUGUUGGAGACAACAAAGGAAGAAGAUACAGAAAGUAAAUCUCCUUGCAAGAAGCCUCCAUUAUGUGAUGCGAAAGAAAAGAAACAGUCUAGUGGAGGGCAGCAAGCUAAAGAGUCCACUAAGAAGAAGGAGUGUGAAGAAGAGGAGACAGAAAAUAAACUGCCAACGUUACAUGAAACUAAAGAUAGAGAAGAACCCAGCAACCAGAAGCCUUUUCCUCAGCCAGUCAUUUUGUCUUCCAAAUUGCAAAUCCCAUGCCUACCUUUGCGCUGGGAACAGCAGAGCAAGCUUCUUCCAAGUGUGGUGGGAAUCCCAGCCAGUCAAGUAUCUAAGUGGAGUACUGAUGAGGUCUCUGAAUUCAUACGAAGUUUACCAGGAUGUGAAGAGCAUGGCAAGGUGUUUAAGGAUGAGCAAAUUGAUGGAGAAGCAUUUCUGCUAAUGACCCAAACAGACAUAGUCAAAAUAAUGAGCAUUAAACUGGGACCAGCCCUAAAAAUCUUCAAUUCCAUUCUGAUGUUCAAAGCCGCAGAGAAAAAUUCACACAAUGAACUCUGAAAGUAAUGGGAAAUGUAUACAAGUCAGCUUUCUCCACUGGAGCUUAUGUUUUAUUCAAAGCACAAAGAUUCACUAGAAUUGUCAAGUAAGAACUCUUGGAACGGAAGAAAAAUAAGCCAGUGCUGGUGGACUAUUUAAAAUCUUUGAGAGCAACUACACCUGAAUCCUUCUGGGAAGUGUUUGAGCCUUUAACAAGGUACUGUAUAACAGCCGAGUCAGCUAAUCUUAUUUACCAAAUUAAUGACACUAUUUCUCUCAUGGACUGUUAGAUAGGAUUCCUACCUUUAUUUUGGCAUCUGGAAAUCCUUCGCUGAUUAUUUAUGCUAUAAUAAAAUGAGGGAAAUGGUAACAUUUUCUAAGAACUCCUGAAUUCUGUAUCACAUAUCCAUUUUUCUUUGCAGUAACUUUUACUUUAUGCUGUCAAAACAAAACUGGUUAGCUAAAAAUGAGGCUACAAGUAGCCAGUUCAGACUGUUGUGGCUAAUGUAAGUUUUGUUUCAUAGUUUAAGAUACAACAUUUAUGCUACAUAAAUACCACUUUAUGCUACAACAUAGAAAACUUUCCAAAAUGAUGAAAUUGUCUACCUGCUUGUAACAAUUACAUUGUUGAGGUUGAAAUUCUAAUGCUUUUUGGAUAAACUGAAUGUUUUUACUUUUGCACGAUUAUAAAAAUGUUACAUGGGGGGGUUGGGGGGUGUUCCACCAGCAUCUUUAAUGUAAGUUACCAAAAGACCAGUAUAGAGAAAGCUGCAACUGAGGAAUAAUGUUUGACUUCACAGAAUACCAUUAGUCAUGCUGCACCAUGGUACUCCAGGUUUCUUUUCUUUUUUUUUUUUCUUUUUUUACCCGGGAGCCCACAACUGUUAUACAGCACAUGGAGUAAAAAUGUAUGUAUGUGUGUGUGUGUGUGUGUGUGUAUAUAUAUAUAUUUGAGGUAAGAAUUUAAAACAAAAAGAAAACCUUUUCUAUGUCUGUACAUUCUGGUCUUCAGUACUUACUGCAAUAAUGAAAAAGAGGAGUACAAAGGCUCAGACUGCUCCCCAAGGUCCAUGCUCAGUGCAAGGUGCUCAUUUUCCUACCAUUGGGGUAUUAUUUAGCCCUUCUUCCUACCUGAAGGUCACCCCAAGUUAAGAAAUACAUUUUAGGGUGCAAAGGAAAAGGAAAGGAGGAAGAAAAGGAAAACUUAAGGAGCAAGGUGCAUGACACUUGUUAGUUCAGGCACCAAUUCCUACAGUGGGUAAUUAAGUAAGACACCCUUCUUUCUUGAAGGAUUGUUAGAAGCAUUUGAUUAAGGGAAGGUGUUGCACUCCGUUUAUAAAAAAAAAGGAUAUAGAACAAGAUGCACUUUAAAUUAAGAAAGGCCUAGCUACCCACAGACUAAGGAUGGAUCUAGAAUCCUCCUUGUGAGAAUGAUCCACAUGGGAAGAAGGUGGGAACUGGAUCAGUUGGCUCAUACAAUCUCUUAUGCCUAGUGUGAAGUAAGGGGGAUCGUUUGUCUUUGCAAUUCAGAAUGAGCAGAACAUUCCUACCGCACAGGGUGGUGGGAGGAACAAAAUCUUCCUACACUUUGCUAGGGACUCCUAAUUGGCUGGAAUUUCUUAAGGUUUGGAGAACUCUUUGUGCCACUUUGGGUCACUUAAGUGACUGGCACCUGCCAUAAUGUGAGGUAAAACAGGGUCAGUGUGAAGUAAGUUGCAUUACUCUAUUAGUCUCCUUCCAUGACAUUGCAUAAACAAUAUUUUUUACAUUUUGUUCAAAAUUUGUACAUUCAAAUUGCACUCUUAUUGUAUCUACAAUACAAAAUAAAAUCUGAAUUGGAGAA